GUCGCUGAUUGGUCCGCCACUCUGCACAAAGCUGAAACGCGCUUCCUUCUUCCUUUCCCCGGAGCAAAGAUGGCGGAAUACGACCUCACCACCAAAAUUGCCCACUUUUUAGACCGUCAUCUCGUUUUCCCUCUCCUGGAGUUCCUGUCUGUCAAAGAGAUCUACAAUGAGCAGGAGCUGCUUAAUGGGAAACUGGACCUCCUCAGUGACACUAACAUGGUGGACUUCGCCAUGGAUGUGCACAGAAGCCUCUUUUCUGAAAAGGAAAUUCCCCAUACUCUAAGGGAGAAGAGGACUGAGGUUGUGGCCCAGCUAAAGCAGCUGCAGUCAGAGACAGAACCCAUUGUGAAGAUGUUUGAGGACCCAGAGACUACAAGGCAGAUGCAGUCCACCAGGGAUGGACGAAUGCUCUUUGACUAUUUGGCAGAAAAACAUAACUUCCGUCAGGAGUACUUGGACACGCUUUACAGAUAUGCCAAGUUCCAGUACGAGUGUGGAAACUACUCUGGUGCUGCAGAAUAUCUCUACUUCUUCCGUGUCUUGGUCCCAUCUACAGAUAGGAAUGCCCUGAACUCGCUGUGGGGCAAGCUGGCCUCUGAGAUCCUGAUGCAGAACUGGGAGGCAGCCAUGGAGGACCUGACCCGCCUAAGAGAGACUAUCGAUAACAACUCUGUUACAUCCCCUCUCCAGUCUCUCCAGCAGAGGACAUGGCUCAUUCACUGGUCCCUCUUUGUCUUCUUCAACCACCCCAAGGGCAGAGACAAUAUCAUUGAGCUGUUUCUCUAUCAGCCACAAUACCUCAAUGCCAUCCAGACCAUGUGCCCACACAUCCUGCGUUACCUGACCACAGCAGUCAUUACAAACAAGGAUGUUCGUAAGCGUCGACAGGUUCUGAAGGAUUUGGUGAAGGUCAUACAGCAGGAAUCUUACACCUACAAAGACCCAAUCACAGAGUUUGUGGAGUGCCUGUAUGUCAACUUUGACUUUGACAGUGCUCAGAAGAAACUGAGGGAGUGUGAGUCGGUUCUUGUGAAUGACUUCUUCCUGGUGGCUUGCCUGGAGGACUUCAUUGAGAAUGCUCGUCUCUUCAUCUUUGAGACUUUCUGCAGAAUUCACCAGUGCAUCAGUAUCAGCAUGCUGGCAGACAAACUGAACAUGUCGCCAGAGGAAGCUGAGAGAUGGAUCGUCAACCUUAUCCGCAAUGCCAGGCUGGAUGCAAAGAUUGACUCCAAACUGGGCCAUGUGGUCAUGGGGAACAACGCUGUAUCACCUUACCAGCAGGUGAUUGAGAAGACCAAGAGCCUCUCGUUCCGCAGCCAAAUGUUGGCCAUGAACAUUGAGAAAAAGCAGGCUCAGAGCACCAAGACCGAGACACCAAACUGGGCCGGUCAGGAUGCAGGAUUUUAACGUCACAGUGAAGAUGGAGCCAUCCCACUCGUUGUGUUUUACAUCUUUUUUUUUCCACACUUGACUCUCAAGGAGCACAGCACUGCUUUGCACUUGGUUCAAGUCAUCACCAAUUCAAUAAAAGUGACCAACAAAACCA